GAUUGUGACGUAAACGCAAACUGCUUCCACAGAUACGACUCCCUCUCCCUCUCUCUCUCCCCCUCUCUCUGAUACUUCAGAAUCCGGCAGUUUCUUGCCGGAAAGCUAUAGAAAUUCCGGCCAGAUUUGACCUGUAUCGAUCACGAUCAUAGUCAUGACUCCGGAAUAUGACUAUCUGUUCAAGCUUUUGCUCAUUGGAGAUUCUGGUGUUGGCAAAUCAUGUCUCCUUCUAAGAUUUGCCGAUGACUCAUAUUUGGAGAGUUACAUAAGCACCAUUGGAGUUGAUUUUAAAAUACGCACUGUGGAUCAAGAUGGCAAAAGUAUCAAACUUCAAAUUUGGGACACUGCAGGGCAAGAACGUUUUAGGACAAUCACUAGCAGCUAUUACCGUGGAGCACACGGUAUCAUUGUGGUUUAUGAUGUCACAGAUCAAGAAAGCUUCAAUAAUGUCAAACAGUGGCUCAAUGAGAUUGAUCGAUUUGCAAGUGACAAUGUCAACAAACUUCUUGUUGGAAACAAGAAUGAUCUCACUGCAAAUAAAGUUGUCUCUUAUGAAACAGCCAAGGCAUUUGCUGAUGAAAUAGGCAUUCCAUUCAUCGAGACCAGUGCAAAAGACGCAACUAAUGUGGAGCAGGCUUUCAUGGCUAUGGCUGCUGCAAUAAAAAACAGGAUGGCAAGCCAACCGGGCAUGAACAAUGCCAAGCCCCCAACCGUUAAUAUCCGAGGACAGCCUGUCACGCAGAGCAGCGGUUGCUGCUCUUCUUAAGCAAAAGACCAGGUCCUAUUGCACUCUGCGUAGGCUGAUGCUCCUCCAUAGCAUGUAACAGACCGUGAUCGUAAGGGAAAGCCUACUCUUAACUCGAACUCGUCCAUCAUCUAGGUUUACUUUCCGCAUGGUGCUCUCGAAAUCUUUUUAAUCCUAUUAUUUGGCUAAGAAAGCAUGUAGAAGCAUUCGUUUCAAAAUUGUUCUUUCUGUUUUAUAUUCUACUUCUAAGUACAGCUCUUCAUGGUUCAGGAGUGGCCAAAAACCCGUAAAUAGUUAGGAUUGAAGUGCAAAAAUAUGUUUUCUGUUUUUAUAGCCCAUUUAGUCAAGUGAAGUGCAUUCAUAUUGUAAUUUAAUUGAUCGAACAGCAUUAGCAGUUUUUCAUUUAUGAUGAAAAGCUUAUUUGAGGUGACGAACUCAA